GUGAAAAUCUGGUUCCAAAACAGGAGGAGCAAGUACAAGAAGAUGAUGAAGGCUGCACAGCAGGGCGGCGGUGGCGGAACCGGCCAGCAUGGGAACCUCUUGGCUGGUGGUCCCUCACCUCAACCUGGACAACCUGGCGGGCUUAUGCAAGGCGGCGGAGGUAGUUCAGUGUCCGGAAGUCCAACGACAGGUUACCUGGGCGGGAUCGGCCCCGGCGGAGGCGAAAAUACCCCGGGGAGCUCAACACCCGGAAGCGACAUGUCGCCCCAGCACAACGAGAGCCCGCCAGCGCCUGCCUGGACCGGCGAGAUGAAACACCACCCACACUCCCACGCUCCGCCACAUACUCACCAUCACCCCCACACGCCCGGGCACCAUCCACCCCCGCCUCCGCCGCCGCCUCAUCACUCCGGAUACCUCCCCCAGUAUUCGUGGUACCAAACGGAACCUAAUCCCGGAUUACUCACGUGA